GGAGACCCUCCCGGAGCCAGAGGGGACGUUCUAGCCGCAGGGUCGGCACUCGUUGGUACUUCCGGAAGAGGCCCGCCUUCCUCUCUAUCCGCCGCGUCUCAGUGGCCGCCGGGGCCCGCCCCUCGCCGGACCCUGCCCCCUCCCCUCCCCGCCCUCCCUUGGCGGACCACGAGAGUCGCGGACUCUGCCCCGAGCCGACUGCAGGGCGGCCGGGCUCCACAGUCGGGGAUCCCGGGUCAUGGCGGCUCCGGGACCGUGCCCGGAGCCGGCGCCAGGUUAAUCUGCAAUUUCUUCAGCGGUUCCUGAGAAUACACAAGGUUUUGUUUCCUUCUUGGUCAUCACAGAAUGUCUUGAUGUACCUGACACUCUUGUGUGUGGCCCUACUGGAACAAUUGGUGAUCUACCAGGUUGGCUUGAUCCCCAGUCAGUUCUAUGGGGUCUUGGGAAAUAAAGACUUGGAUGGGUUUAAGCCGCUGACGUUCCUGGCAGUUGUGCUCAUCGUUCUCAAUUCCACACUGAAGAGCUUUGACCAGUUCACCUGCAAUCUACUGUACGUGAGCUGGAGGAAGGACCUCACCGAGCACCUGCACCACCUCUACUUCCGGACCCGCGUAUAUUACACCCUCAACGUGCUGCGGGACGACAUCGAUAACCC